AUAUAAAGAUAUUCAUCGUUGGAUGGUGCAGUAGUUGAACGCAUCAAUUCGAUACAGAAAGACACAAAUAAAAAAAUAAAUUCAAAAAUCAAGUUGAAAAUAAACAAGUGGCAAUAUAAAAUUUAUAGUGAAAUUAGGAUAAUUAGUUUAAAAUUUAUCAAUAUGGCACGACCUGGACGAUUUAUUGAGUGUGUGAUUGUGUUAUCAAUGGUGUUGGUGCAAAUCCGCGCGAUAUCGAAUGUUGAAUCCAAUGUUCAGAACACGAUCAGCGAAGAGGAACGUCGCGGCGCGGACAACACCAUUGCCAACGACGCAAAGAAGAACGGAAAGAUCAUCGACGACAAUCCUGAUAAGAAAACAAGAGGAAUUGUUUCUUUGCACUCACCCAGUGCCUCACACAAACACCAACAAUAUUUUGUGCCUUCUGCUUAUGACUCGCAUAUAGCGGCGACCGGUCACGGCGGUGGCGGUGCAUUCCCAGUAGGUUCCACAUCAGGUUAUGACUACGUGGGUCACGGAGGUACUGCUCCGACAAGCGCAGGCGCAGGAGGACCAGUGCAUGGUCAUAUACACCAUCAUAACGGCCCGACCGGUUACGCAUCAGCAACAGGUUUUGGAGGUUAUGGUCUAGCGCAUGGUUAUAGUCACGGAGGUGGACAUGGCGGACCAAUUGGACAUGGUGGACCACAUGGUCAUUCCGGACAUGGACAUGGACAUGAAUUAUUCGGAGGUGGUGGACAUGGUGGACUUCACAGCGCCUUAGCAUUGAAAGGAUUACUAAUUCCAUUGGCGGGUAUUGCACUGCUGGGAGCAGCUGCAGCUCUGAGCACUAACCCAGUUCUAUUACAACUCGGCGUUGUGAAUGGCCGCCGUCGUCGUCGUUCUAUCGAAACAAAAUUAAAUCAUAAAGCAUCGCAGCACUACCCAGCCAAUCCACACGUGCGGCCAGACUCAAAUUACUAAUUUAACGAAGCCACUAGGAAAGCUUGAGAAUCGCCAGGACACCGGGCUGAUAGAUUGUUUAUUAUCUAAGCUAAAUUGACUUUCGAUCUGUAUUUGUAUUUUGAAAUUACGUCCGUAAACACGACUUGUUUCCGGAUUUGUUAUAGAUAUUUAUAUCGCAACUCUACGUGAAAGAUUUAUUAUUUAUAUUUAUACUUCUAAUUUAACUCGACUUGUUGCUGCUAUUUAACGUCAUCUCAUUAUAAAUAAGUAAGAAAUAUUCAUAUAAAAUGAUUACAUGUUGAUAAGAAUAAAAUUUGUUGAAA